AUGUUUCAAAGUGCUGUACUGCACAUCCGCAAUCACAGGUCGGCCACGUUUGGGAGCUAUGGUCACGUGUUAAUCUACCCGAAAGACCGCGGGAACAUCUUGCGCCGCAAUUGCUUCGACGAGAUCGUGAUUGUCAACGAAUUGAUCCGCGGGAUAAGCAUCGAGGUGUCGGACGACGCCGGCAAGACGACGACACUGACGUACACUGACCUCUGCGCCCGCUGGGACCACGACUGCUUCUUCUCGGAAGCCAUCAAGAUCAAUAACGUGGUGGACAAGGUCGAGUCGGGCCAGGUCAACCUCACGUGGCCCUUUUUCUUCGACGAGAAGGCGUUCGAUAACAUCAUCCUGCCGGGCUCGAUCGGGAAGCCGGUACUGGUGGACGACGUCGUGGUCAGCACGCCGGCCGUGGGCCUGUUCUUCAUCCUCAGUGCCGGAGGGCAUCUGGAAGCCAGCAGAGGCAAGGCAUGGGAACUCAAGUUCCUGUCGGAGAUGGAGCGUGUGGCGUCUCUUCUCAACCAUACGGACAUCUUCUACGAGACGUCGUCGACGGUCGAAAUCGAGUUCGACGGGCUCAAGUACUUCGUGCCUGCUCAGGGUCUAUUGGCUGGCACCCUGGUCGUCAUCUACUCGGUGUUCUGUUGCAUGAUGGCGGACUGGGUCAAAGCCAAGCCCUGGCUCGGGUUCAUCGGCGUCGUGUCGACGGGCCUGGCGACCGUCUCGUCGUACGGAUUCCUCAUGUGCUUUGGACUCCCGUUCACGACUGUGCUCUACAUCACGCCGUUCCUCAUGCUUGGGAUCGGAAUGGAGGACACGUUCUUGAUGCUGGCAGCGUGGCGGAAGACGAGCGUGCUCGACCCGGUUGAAAAGAGGAUUGAAGAAACGUAUGCGGAAGCCGCGGUUUCCAUGACGAUCACGUCGCUGACGAACGUGUUGAGCUUUCUCAUUGGUGCCACCUCUUCGUUCCGGGUUCUCAACAUUUUCUGCGUCUACUCAGGAAUCUCGAUUCUGUUCCUGUACAUAUUUCAAAUCACCUUCUACGGCGCGUGGCUGGCGGUGUUCGGACGAUUGGAGCGAGACAACCGGCACUCCCUCGUUUUCACCAAGGCAGUUUCCAAGGUGGAAGCAGCGAAGGUCGGGAAAAGCAAGUGGUACGUGUGGCUGUGCACCGGGGGCCACACCAAGGAGGAGAUGGCCGGGUUGCCGGCUGGCUCGGCCGACCACGCCGUCAUGCUCUUCUUUAGGGAGCAGUUUGCCGACUACAUCACGAGGAAAUACGUCAAGGUGGCGAUUGUCGUCGCUUACGUUGCAUACCUAGCUGGUGGAAUCUACGGUGUAAUGCAGUUGAAGGAAGGUCUCAGCUUGAAGCGAUUGGUGACCGAUCAUUCGUACUACGUAUCAUUUUACGAUCGCAGAUACGAGGACUUCAUGGAUUACCCGUACCGUGUUGCUAUCGUGGUUGAGGGUCAUCUGGAUUAUUCGAAUCAAACUGUCAAAGAUGACAUGGAACGAUUGCUGACGCGGAUAGAAGAUUAUCAGUUUUAUGCAGGCUACAACUACACGGACUCCUGGCUGCGGAAAUUUGAAAAAUUGAUUGAACUUGCCAGUGAAUACACGCACAUCGAUAUCUCCAAUGAGACGAUGUUCAAUGAAAACCUGCAUGAAUUUCUGUGGGGUGGCGCAGAGAACAAGAAUUCUUUGGACGUGUUGUUUGACGAGGAUGGACGGAUUGUGGCGUCGCGAUUCAUUGUCCAGAUUUUCAACUUGACCGGACUGGAGGACGUGAAAGGAUGCAUGUUGUUUUUGCGACAGAUUUUCAAGGACGAAUUUCCGCAGUACAAUUUGACGGCUUACACACCGGUGUUUGCAUUUGCCGAAUUGCUGAUCGGAGCAACGCAAACGGCCAUAUCCACUGUUAGCAUGGCCGCAGUGGUGAUGCUGAUCGUUGCCCUGAUCAUGAUCCCCGAGUCCAAGUGCGCCUUGUACGUCGGCAUUUCGCUCGUAUCCAUAGAACUGGGCAUCCUGGGCUACAUGAGCUUGUGGGGGGUCAGUUUGGACUGCGUGUCUGUUGGUUGUCUCGUCAUGUGCAUCGGGUUCUCUGUCGACUUCUCCGCCCACAUCACGCACUCGUUCAUCGCGUCGGAGGCACAGACGACGAUGGGCAAACUGCGGGACGCCGUGGAGUCUGCGGGCCUGCCGAUUAUUCAGGGUGCGUCGUCUUGCGUCCUGGCUGUUGUGGCCAUGAUACGGAUCCCAGCCUACGUGUUCACGAUCUUCUUCAAAACCGUGUGCUUGGUGAUGAUGUUUGGGGCUGCACAUGGGAUUCUUCUCCUGCCUCUCCUGCUUCUGCACACGGCAGGCCCGAAGGAUCCUUCUCAUCCGCCGACAGAGUCUGGGGAAGAGUCGUCCUCGCCGACGAUGAAGAAGAGUGCGGAAGUCGAGAGUGACUGGAAAUCGGUGGAGGAAAAGGACGACGUGGAAGCUGAGGAGAAUGACAAGCUGCUUAUGCAAACCCCUUUGACGGAAUCGAAUGGAGGAACAGCAACUCCCUAUUUUACACCUCUGAAGGAACCCAAUGAUGAAGUCUCGGAGCAAGAACUGGAAGCGCUUGAUCGAGUCUGUCUUUAGCGCAACCCGGUUAUAUUGCGUGUUUCUCGAUAAGUCCGCCUUUUUUGACUGAUUCCGCACAAAUUGCGAGAAUUGUGUUUUUUUUUUUUAGAGAGAUCGAAGCUUUUUUUUUUGUGGUCGGUGAAGUGCUGUAUGCACAAGCUGUUGAUGUUUCCCGGUAUGCAUGUGUGAUGAAAACAGUUGAUUUCCUGCGAUAAACCGAUUUUAAGUGCAUUUGCGCUCUGACCAUUCCGGGGCUUUACUUUCGCGUGCAGUGGCAGUUCGGUUGGGCAGAGUUUGAUUUGAUUUCGAAGGGAAAUUCUCGUGGGACGAAAUCGAUGGAGGGUUCGUAAAAUAAUUGCCACCGCAUGCGAAGAAAGAACCGAAAUUCUUAAGAUUACCUCGAAAAUCUGAUCGCGCCAAAAAAAUAACGGAAACUUUUUGUGGGAUGAAUUAGAUUGCGUUUUUAUACUGAGGAGGCUUUUUUUUUUUGUUGCUGCAACGUUGUGUCAUUGCGAAGAUUUUGUAUUGUGCCAAAAUUUUGCAAGUAUUGGGCUUGUGUUAUGUUUUUAAAAUUUUUUGGUUCUGUGCUGACAAUUCAGCAUUCACGUGAUGAGGAAUUGUAUCCAAAAGGAUGCAGGAGUGGACAUUUUCCCCGUGUAUUGGUUCCUUUGUUGCCGGUGUUUUAUUUUUUCAUCUCAUUUUUUUUUUAUAUCUUCUCAUCAUGACGUCCUCAAGAUUGUUUUGUGAUGGACAGGAGUCGAGACAUUUUUUUUGCUUUCUCUCCUGAUCGUUUUUUUCUUUUGUCAGAAUGGAUGGAAUUAAUGAAGGGAAAAGAUGCCUUGUUCUGUGCAA